AUGUCCUUCCAGCCUCUGAUCUCCCAUCGCUACCCCAAUGAGACGCUCAUCUACCAUGGUUAUUUGGGGUGCUCUCCUCUAUAUCCAUCGGUUGCCAUUUCCAUCCGAACCCUCGCAACUUAUCGUCAAUACCAUCAAACUUGCCCACAAUUUAGUAUCCAGGCACAGUGCAAAGCGCUGUGCCAUCUUCACAAUGUAGGUCUUCUCAUGUGUCAUAAUUUAUACGCAUAUGACGUAUAUCUUGAGAUUUUACAUCAUGUUGAUCGCCGCUUAAACGAAGUACGCAAGUGCAACACUCCCAAUUGGCGGAUACUAAAUGCAUGCCCAUGUUGUUCCUACAAACUCGACGAGGAGGCACCACAGGUGAUAGACCGGCUUUUCUCCAUCAAUGGCAAUAACAGUCUCAAAAGAUGGGCGUCUUUGACUUACGGCCUUACCCCACGGGUAGAUCCUCGACAAGCUCGUUCUGAUUACUGGGUCGAUCGAGUAACCGUUGAUAAGUUCAAGGAUACAGUGAGAAGAUCAGAGGAUGACUGGGAAGAUCAAGUCGCGAAGCCAGUGGAACCUGAGUUGACCUUCAAUUGUACCGAGCGGUGGCGAAAUGCUGGGCCCGAGCAGCGGAAAAAGAUGUUUGCUGUUUUUGAUGAGUCUGGCAUCUUUGUUGCUACGUGUUGGCAUCGAUUUGUACUUCUCAUGUGCGAUAUGGUUCGGAGUGGUGAGCUAGCAAAAUAUCCUUUGGCUCUUAUGAGUCAACUGCUGUCUGUCUUCGGAGCGAAUGCCAGCUGUGCCUAUGAUAUUGGCUGUGCGUUUUCCAAGACGCUAGGCAACAGCAGUCUUGGCCCCCUUGCCCAAUCCCUUAAUUUGCGCAUGAUGGUCGGUGCGUUUCACGGUCAUGCUCACAAUAGAAGGUGCCAACUAGAUUGGCACCCGAUGUACAUUGAAGGAACUGGACUAACUGAGGGUGAGGGAUGCGAACAUGUAUUCUCCUCUUCAAAUGAACUUGCACAAGGCACAAGACACACGUCUCGAUUCCAUUGA